AUGUCCUCGCCUUGUGCCGGUAAACGUCGGAUGGACACGGACCUGUUGAAGUUGUAAGUUGUGGUUUUAGGUAAUGUCAUUGAAAGUGUGAUUAAUGUCGUAGAAGCUUUGUGGCAUGGUUAUUGAGCUUUUAUGCAUUAUAAACUAAAUUUUUGGUUUUUGAGUUAAUAAGCAUCAGUUUAAAGUAGGUGUGACAAUUAGGUUUCGUACCUACUUUAAACUGAUGAUUAUCUAUAUAUGAGGGUUGUAGGUAUAGACAAAUUUGAUGUUACGAAAAUAGGUAUUGCCGUAACAGUAACGAUAGGAAAUUUCUAGGCAUAAAGAAAGAUUGUAUACAUCGUUUUUGAAGUGGCACGUUAUGAGAGUCACUUUACGAAUCAUAUUGUCUAAAAAAGUAUAAACAAGGUCAUAUGAAACAUGUCAUACGACCUUCUGACUUACAAAUUACUAUUAGGAACGAAAAAUUACCACUGGAAAACAAAAAAGAGUUAGGCGAUUCAAUUCUGCUUCUCAAAACAAGCUUUUUUAGCUUUUUGUUCGAAAAAUGUCAAAAUAUACUCGAAAACUUCAAAUUUUAACGAAAAUUUUCCAAAUUUUAAUUUAAUUUUUAAAUUCCUUAAAGAAUUUUAAACUUUUUUAAAUGCCAAACUCAAAAACAAUGAUUCUUUAACUCCACAACAUUAUAACAAAGUCUUUUGCCAGUUAACGUUGUCGUAAAAGCAGCUAUAAACAUUGACUAAUUGGUUCGUUUAUGGUCAAAGGCGUUAAUUGCCAUAAAUUCAAGGCUGUUUUACGUUGUAAUAUGAUUAGUUUGGAAAUAAACUUUGAUUUCUCGCUGCUUUUGAGGCAAACAGCUGAUAAACUGAUAAAACAAGUAUUAAUAGACGUUUUAUGGAAAAGCACUGAUAAGACACUUUUGUUUUUUAUGCGAUUUUAAGGGGUGUUUUUAAAGUUUUUUUGAUGUUGAAGUGAUGGAAAUUUAUGUUUGGAGGUUUUAAAACCUUAAAAUUUAUGUUCUAAAACUUGAAAUUUUAAAAAAUUUAAAAUUUAACUUCAAAAAUUAUUAAAAACAAUCUGAAAAAUGGUUAGAUAUAAGUUUGCCACUUUACUAAGACCUUUUUAUAUAACUAUACGAUUGUAACAUGAUGCAUAUAAAGUAUUAUUACAGAAUCGAGGCGAAACAUGAAGUUGUGGUUGAAGGAAACGUUAACGAGUUUUCUGUUAAGUUCCAUGGACCAAAAGGAAGUAAGUAUUAUUGGUACUUUGCAGAAAAAGCCAGCUAAGAGUAUAAAGCAAUUACUUUUUUUGUUCAUGUUUUUUAUAAUUUAAAAAGUCUUUUUUGGACCAAAAAUGCUGAUAAGAGAUUCAACUUAUCAUAAAAAUGAAAUUUGAACACUGCUAUACUUUUUAACGUAUGUUUACUAACUUUUUAAUAUGUAUUUUCAGCUGCAUACGAAGGAGGAGUCUGGAAAGUACGUGUUGAGCUCCCCGAGAAGUAUCCAUUCAAAUCGCCUUCCAUUGGAUUCACCAACAAGAUCUUCCACCCAAACAUUGAUGAGUCGAGUGGAACUGUCUGUUUGGACGUGAUCAACCAAGCUUGGACUGCUCUUUAUGGUAGGUUUUGCUUGGUUAAAGAUGUGGGGGACUGGGUAGUAUGAGAAUAGUAUAAUAUUGGAUGGUUUUGUAGGGUUAAGCGGGGUGUAGGUUUUGAUUUACAUUGAAGUGAUCUUUACUAUCAUUCUUUACUGUGGGAUAAUAUGCAUAUAAUGUAGAAUUCUAGGCUCUUUCUGUAAAUUUUAUGCAUUUUUCUUAUUUUACAAAGCUUGAAUUUGAUAUAAAUGAUUGAUUAUAGAUUUGGCCAACAUUUUCGAAUCAUUUCUGCCACAACUUUUGACAUACCCAAACCCUCAGGAUCCUCUGAACAGCGAAGCUGCCAAGCUUUACCUCCACAAGCCUGAAGAGUUCAAAGAGAUCUGUUCUAGUAAGUUUUGUGAUUUUUAUUGAUAUCUUUUUAUAUGAUGCUUUAAAUGAUAAAUAUAUCAUUGAUAAAAUACCUGAAGGUCAAGUGGUAAGAUAUAUGAAGAUCAAGAUUUCUGGAUUAAUUUUUUUUUGAAAUUAUAAAAUUUUUGUAAUUUUACGAAGCUUGAAUUAUCAUUUUCAGCUUAUGUCCAAAAAUAUGCUAAUGAUGCCGUCUUGGCCAGUAUUUUGAAGUGCGGUUCUGAAAAUAACGAUGACAUGAGCGACGAUGACGACGAUUCCACGAUCUCGGAUUAUUCAGAAGGUACGGUUUUAAUUCCGUUGUUUAAUGACUUACUUUGAUCGAAGUGAAAGCUUUGAUUGUGUUUGGUGGUCUAAAAGUCAAUAGAAGGGUUAGUAACAGCAGGGACGUGGUUUGGGGGAGGGGGGGGGGUACCCCCUCCCCCAGAGCCGAUCCGAAAAAAAUUGCACAGGUAGGUAAAAAAAAUUUUUGGAAAAUCGGUCCACAGGUUAAUUCUGUAUCCCCUAACCCUGAAGAUUUGUUUUCGGAGGGGGUGCAGAAUUAGUUGAACAACCUAAUAUUUUUUAAAAGCUUAGCUUUAAGAUUUGGUUUUUUGUGGUUUAUUAAAGUUUAUUCUAUAAACUUUUUGACCGAUGUCAAUUUUUUAAAAAUUGUUCAAAUUUUACUCAUAUCAUCCUUUAUAUCAUAUACUUUCAGACGAAACCUACGGGAUGGAAUUUUAA